GGAGUCUCUCUUUGGCGGACGCAUUAUUUACUCUUGCUAUUUUGUGUAUUUUGCUGUUAGUCUGACACAGACUGGUGGUUUUCUUUUGCGACUAGAGAUCCUGAUUUUUUUUUGGACUACACGUGGCAUAUGGGCCUUCGAGGCAGCUGAAAAUUAGCCAACUCUUUUUACCUAGAUAUAGCCGCGCUGUUUCUAUUUGUUGCUUUCUGUUCUAUGUGUGGGAGCGAAUUAAUGGCGCCCCCAUCAUGACAGAUUCAGGGAACAAAUUUGGAAUGCUAUCUCUCCCGGAGACAUCUCCUUGGGAGAUACGAACUGCCCAUAUGCCUUAUGAAGAACUCAGUGCCUCAUUCAUACCGUUAUUUUGCUUUUGUUUAUCAUGUAUAACAUUCCUCCUUGAAAUUUACGUUCAACUUGUUGCACGAGUUUUCCAAAUUUCCAAAUUUCUGUACUUCCCAUGUUCCAUUUCCACAGAUGAACAUCCUCAUGUCGUCACUUUUCUCCUCAAAGCUAAAAACGCAACGGUCAAGUUUUACAACCAAGGAAAAUGAUCCGAGUGACCUUCCA